AUGAGUCGAGUCGAGGAAAUAUAUUCUAUAUUGAGUUCUGCGCCUCCGACAACCAAUUUCUGGAGGUUGACUUCUUUGAGUUUGAAGACUUCCGAGACUUUUGCUGAAUCAGAAGAAUGUGACUUUGCCAUCAGGAUGGUGUCACUCGACUCAGCAAUAUGGGAUUGUGGGAAAGGAAUUGCAGGUCGAAAACCAGUAGUGCAGCCGCCGAACAAGCGAGCACGCCGAACAGCAAACCAAAAGGACAAAGUGCUCAAGGCAGAAGUCAUAUGCAAAACACCGUCGUUUAGCUAUGAAGGCGUGCAUCUAUUUGAGCGUGUAAGGGUUUUUGGUCUCCCCCCCAAUGCAGUUGGUGGACGUUGGGUGGCAGAAACGCAGGUCCAGAGUCUGGGUUACCGUUGUUCCUAUGUACAUGCCUUGAGUGCUCCAGGAGGUUCCGGUGGUGCCGUUCUUGCGACGACCAACGGUCUUGUUGUGGGUUUUGUGGGUGGUGCCAAUGACUACCACAAUCAAAAACCCAAGCAGCUGUCUUCCUUCGACACGUAUGUCAUGAAUACGCAUUCUCUCCCACGACGGCCAUCCUCUGCACUGAACUGA